GGCCUGGGGGAGGGCGCAAUGGGCCCGUUGUCGGGCAUUGAUUGGCCCUGCCUGGCGCAGCCCCCGCCCUUGCAGCGGACUGCGGUGCUGGGCAGACCUGAGCAGUUGCUCUGGCUGUGCUUCGGAAGGGAGCCAGGUGAGCCGCCCCGGGGAAGGGGGCGGGGGCGGGAUGCUUCUGCGACCUCACCUCCCCGAGCCCCUUCUCUCCCGCCCAAAUCCUCCUGAGAAACCGCGAUUGGGCUAGGGCAUAGGAGAGAGAUGGGAGGGGGAACCUGGUCGGAGGAGGAGGGGUCGAGAAAAAGGAUCUACCUUUGGGGGAGGGGCACAGGUAGCUGGAGCGCGCGUGUGCGUGAGUAUCCGGGCACGGUGUGGUUGCGCGGUCGCUCGUUUCUUCUGUACCUGGGAGUGUGUACCUUUUUGUCCCUGGGAGUCAGUGCUUGGUUUUGCGCCUGCAGGGUGGCCAGGUACGCGCUGGGUGGGUCUGUGCCUUUGGGCUUUGCUGGUCGUGUCGGUGUCUUCGCCACUGUGGGCCGGCCUACAUCUGUGUUCUCGUGCACGGUUCUUUUUGUUUCUGGAAAGCACGUUCCUGGACAAAUUGCUCGGCCUCCCUGCUCACACCUGGCUGACACCGAGGCCCGCCCCCUUCUCUCGGCAGCCUAGGGCCCAGGCCGGGGCCACCAUGGCGCUGCCUCUAGGCCCAGCUACCCUCUCGCACACACUGCUGCUCCUGCCAGCCCUUCUGAGCUCAGGUUGGGGGGAGUUGGCUCCACAAAUAGAUGGUCAGACCUGGGCUGAGCUGGCACUUAAGGAGAAUGAGCGUCACGCCUUCACCUGCCGGGUCUCAGGGGGCCCUGGAACCCCCCAACUGGCCUGGUACCUAGAUGGACAGCUGCAGGAGGCCAGCACCUCAAGACUGCUGAACGUGGGCGGAGAGGCCUUCUCUGGAGGCACCAGCACUUUUACUAUCACUGCCCAGCGGGCCCAGCAUGAGCUCAACUGCUCCCUGCAGGACCCAGGCAGUGGCCAAUCAGCCAAUGCCUCUGUCAUCCUCAAUGUGCAAUUUAAGCCGGAGAUUGCUCAGGUUGGGGCCAAGUACCAGGAAGUUCACGGCCCAGGCCUCCUUGUUGUCCUGUUUGCCCUGGUGCGUGCCAACCCACCUGCCAACGUCACUUGGAUCGACCAGGAUGGGCCAGUGACCGUCAACACCUCUGACUUCCUGGUGCUGGAUGCCCAGAACUACCCCUGGCUCACCAACCAUACUGUGCAGCUGCAGCUCCACAGCCUGCCACACAAUAUCUCAGUGGUGGCCACCAAUGACGUGGGUGUCACCAGUGCCUCGCUUCCAGCCCCAGGGCUCCUGGCCACCAGGGUAGAAGUGCCACUGCUGGGGAUUGUUGUAGCUGGAGGGCUGGCCCUGGGCACCCUCGUGGGGUUCAGCACCUUGGUGGCCUGCCUGGUUUGCAGGAAAGAGAAGAAGAAGACCAAAGGCCCCUCCCGGCGCCCGUCUCUGAUCUCUAGUGACUCCAACAACCUGAAACUCAACAAUGUGCGUCUGCCGCGGGAGAACAUGUCCCUCCCGUCCAACCUUCAACUCAACGACCUCACUCCAGACUCUAGAGGGAAACCAGCAGACAGGCAGAUGCCUCAGAACAAUAGCCGGCCAGAGCUCCUGGACCCAGAGCCCGGUGGCCUCCUCACCAGCCGAGGUUUCAUCCGCCUCCCAAUGCUGGGCUAUAUCUAUCGAGUGUCCAGCGUGAGCAGUGAUGAGAUCUGGCUCUGAGCGGAGGGCAAGAUGGGGGUGCCUUCUUAGCCCCCAGAUUCCCUCCUGCUCCUCCUCCAAGGCAUCCUCUGCGUCGCCACGUUGCCAACAUGAAGAGGCCAUGGCAUGGCCGCACCACGGCUGCAUUUGCUUCCCCUCCUGACUGAAGUGCCCUCUGUGUCAAGCACACGAUGUGUUUCACUGGGAUCAGAACUUCAGGGGCACAGGUAUCCACAGCGAGGCUGCUAGCUGGACCUAAGACCCUCGUGCAAACUCAGGUUAGGGCCCUGCAUGUGGUGACUGGGUCCAGGCAGCUGGAGCUCCUUGGCCAGGUGUAUUCAGAUGUCAUCCAGCAUCCAAGUGUGGCAUGGCCUGCUGUAUACCCCACACCUGUACUCCCUGGCACCUUGUACUGUAGGCAUGGGGGCAUGUGGGCUUGGGGGCCAGGGAAAGCCCUGCAUGGAUUUCCUUCCUGUACUACGUAGCUUUGUUUUCCUCAGGGAGAAUUUAGGACCCUGCUAGCUGUAUAGAACCAAACUGCCGUUUGCACGGGAACCAUCCCCUGACUCAGGGGCACUGGCCAAGCACAAACUAGUCCCUUUUGCUGCUAGCCUCUCUGCCAUCAUCUACCCGUCUGCCCUCCCCUCCUCUUGAGCACACUAGGUUAUAUGUUGGACCUUCUUCGCUGGGCACUAGACUUUUCUACGGGCCUGGCCUCUGGAGGUACCAGAGCCUGAUGUUAGCACAAGUCAAGUAGGAAGAGGGAGAUGACAAUUGCGGUGACAUCUAGGAUGUUGUGUAACUAUGCAUUAUUUUCUUCCAGUGUUAGCACUUUAAGCAUAUCCCCUGGGGGGAGGGGGUGAGCCAGGGGUCCAGAGCCUUUCCUGUGGCCUCCUCAAGUUCGCCCUUCAAUGAUUCACUGUGAGUAUCCAGGGCCCUUGUGAAGGAUAGUUUCCCUUUCAGCAUGCCGCCUCUGCCAGGGACCCCGACUCACCCCUGGCUGCCUCAUCAGCCACUCUUCCUGCCCCACUAGGAUGAUCCCAGUGGGCAUGGUUCAAAAGUGCUGGAAGCUAUAGGAGGACAUGUAGAAAGAGCAAGACCACAUACCCGCAGAUGACCUCAGAAUACUUUAAAAAACAACAUGGAAAUGAUUAGAAAUGAAUAUAGUGUAGAGUCUAUUUUUCCCUUAUUGAGAUCUUGUUUUGUAAUUUCUUUUAUGUUAUGACCUAGGACAGUGCUGAGCACACAGUGAAUUCAAUAACAAUAAACUUGACUG